GGGUUUGCCUUAUUGGGCUUGCAAUAUUGCAGUUGAGAGUGAAGUAGAAAAGCUGCUGUUUUCUCAUCUUAUAUCAUCUACGAUGCACAAUUCACAGAGAUUAAAAGACGAAGAAGAUGACAGAAAAACCUCCGGCGAGGCUCCAACUUCCAACUGUAGCAAUUUUACCUACUUUAUGGGGGAAUCGUGACGACUCGGCACUUCAUGCCAAUGAAACGAAUCAGGCAAAAUCGCAGCGAGUGGUCACGAAAUGAAAAUAGUGGCAGGAACUGGUCGCGGUAUCAGUUUGUCUCUAGAUGCUCUACACUGCAGUCAAGACUGGUUUUGCCGUGCCGCACAAAACUUUUGUUUACAUCUCUUCGCCCAAGAGGAAAAGUGUGUCUGCUUGGUUAAGACUCAGCUGAAAAUUAUACUUUCUUUUUCUCAUUAUCCCAGCUCUCUUGGUGCUGAGACGCUGAGUCCUGGCAAGGAUGGGACUGAGUAAAGUGGAGAAGUGGGUGCCGGGAGCGCGCUGGCUUCGCGGCUACACAGGACGCAGCGCCGUGGCGGACGUGAUCGCCGGGAUCACCGUUGGUCUCACGGUGCUGCCACAGGGAUUGGCCUAUGCCACUCUGGCUGGCCUGGAGCCCCAGUACGGUCUCUACUCAGCCUUCAUGGGUGGCGUUGUUUACGCCGUCCUCGGCGGAUGCCGUGAAGUGACCAUCGGACCGACGGCUCUGCUGUCUCUCAUGACCAGUCGUCACACUGGCUUGGGAGGCACAUCUGGACCGCAUCUGGCGAUUCUACUCUGCUUCCUGGCAGGAAUUGUGGAGUGUUUGAUGGCUUUGCUGCGCCUUGGCGCUCUUGUGGAUCUCAUCUCCACGCCAGUCACAGUGGGAUUCACCUCAGCCACGGCUGUGAUCAUCGGAGCGUCGCAGCUGAAAGGUCUUCUGGGCCUCAAGGGAGGCGGUGGAUCUGGAUUUAUUGCCACAAUGCAGACUGUCUUCACGAAGGCAGAUCAAAUUCGCCUUCCAGAUGCAGCGCUUGGGAUUUGUUCCAUCGGAAUUCUUCUUCUCUUGCGCAAACUAAAAGACUUCAAAGCACCAGAGAAUGCGACGCAGAGGAAGAGAAUAUUUUACGGAAGUCUCUGGCUGAUUGGAACCUCCAGAAAUGCUCUGCUGGUGUUCUUCACCAGUCUGGGAGCUUAUUCUGCUGCUCAAUCUGGGAAAACGCCCUUCAUCCUCACAGGAACUGUGCGGAGUGGUUUGCCAGAUGUUUCCCUUCCGCCCUUCUCAACCACCAGAGCAGGUACAAACGGAACGUUGGUGGAAAUGGACUUUAAAGACAUGCUCUCUGAACUCGGAGCUUCGAUUGCUCUGGUGCCGAUAAUCGCCGUCCUGGGCAACGUUGCCAUCUCCAAGGCGUUCGGCGGGAGUGGAAUUGAUGCCACGCGCGAACUCUUCGCGCUGUCUCUCAGCAAUAUUCUGGGCUCAUUCUUCUCCUCCAUGCCAGUCACGGGAUCGUUCUCGCGCAGCGCCGUGAAUCACGCCAGCGGCGUUCGCUCGCCCAUCGGCGGCAUCUACACAGGAGCCCUCGUGAUCCUUGCGCUCAGCCUCCUCACGCCCUAUUUUCACUAUAUUCCGCGCGCCGCGCUCAGCGCCGUAAUCAUCUCGGCGGUGAUCUUCAUGAUUGAGUACGAAGUGAUCCGGCCGCUGUGGCGCUGCAGCCGACGAGAGCUUCUUCCCGGUGCCAUCACCUUCAUCCUCAGCCUGUGGCUCGGGGUGGAAAUCGGACUGCUGGCCGGCGUUGUGGCGGAUCUGGGCUUUCUCGUCUACAGAGCCGCUCGGCCUGCACUCAUCGUGGAGCGAUCAGUGACAAUGUCCGGAAUGGAGUACAUCCUGGUUAGGCCACGUCACAGCUAUCUCUACUUCCCUGCCAUUGAGUGGGUUCGCAAUGGAAUCUCCAAGGCAGUGAAGGAGCACGGAAAAGCCCCAGUCGUGCUGGAUUGCAGAAAUCUUCACGAGUUUGACUUCACAGCGGCCAGAGGAUUGGGGGAUUUGCACAAGGAACUGGCCGCCUCGUCGGUGAUUCUGGUGCUUCUGGGGCCGCCGAAGGAGGUCACAUCAGUUCUCAAGGGUGCCAUCAAUAUAGCAAUAUCAGAGGCUCCAAACGAUGCGGAGCUGGACAGGCAAUUGCAGGAGAUUCGAUCGGAGAAUGCAAAGAAUGAGAUGAAGGAGGUCGUCGUGCCACUGCUAAAUGCAAACGAAUUAGAUAAUAAUCUAGGCGAUAGAAGUACAUAAUGAUCUAGCGAUAGUCUUAAGCAUUUCUCCUUAGUUUUCUCGUGUUUUGUCUUUAUUUUUCUGCUCUCCACGUAACACAAUUUUUUAGAAGUCAGAAACGGAGUUUCCUGAACAAUUUGCCAACCAUACAGAAUGCAGUCACGCAAAUUUCUGUCACAAGUUACCACCGAAUUGCUGCAUAAGAUCGAUUUAGCAAAUUGUGAAGAAUGUAAUUUGCUUUUGGUGCGAAAUGCGCAAAAAACGGAAAAUACCAAACGUUCCGCUUAAUUUUGGUUCAUGAAAAAGUUUUGAAUGCGUCGUACUUGAAAUUCUACAAAUGAAAUAGAGAAGAUUGUAAAGGGAAGCAGAAGAUAAUUUUCCUUAUAAAAAUGCUCCUCGUUAAGUUUGGAGUGAAACAAGAACCUUGAGUUAAACCAGUUGCAAUAAUCAUAUCAAAAGAUCAUACUCCGUAUGCUAAACUAAGAAAAAGAUAUAUUGUUUUACUCUGCAAGACAAAAGACACUGUUAUUGCAAUACGUUAUUGCUUAUCUUCAAAUGCAAUGUCUUUUCUGUAAAUAUUUCAUAUCAAGAAUGUGCGUGUUUUAAUUUUCCUCUGUAAACAUCGUUGCUAACAUUUUUGUCAUCU